AUGAAAACCCAAACUAACCAGAGUAUUAUCAAGAGUCCCAACAAGAAGAAACUUCCCAUUGGGCGAGAACUUAGCAAAGCUAACGGGCGGGUGCUCCUCUUCAAUAAGCGUCUUCAUACAAUGCCCAGUGGAGGCAUCCCAAACCCUGCAAAGCCCAUCGUAGCUGCUGGAGACAAUCAUGGAACCGUCCAGAUUGAAAUGGACGGCCGUCACAGGGUCAGAAUGCGCGGGCAGCACCUUGAGGCACUUGCCAGACUUGACAUCCCAAACGCGGACGGUCUCGUCAAAGGAGCCGGAGGCGAGCAUGUUCGACUGGGGGUUGAAAUUGACACAGAAGACUUGGUGUGGCCUUCUAGGGUUUUGAUUAGGGAGCCGGUGGCGACGUCCCAGAGGCGGACGGUGCGGUCGUCGGAGGCGGUGGCGAGGAAACGACCGUCGGAUGAGAAGGAUAGGUCAGAGAUUCCGAGCUCGUGGCCGUGGAACUCGUUGUGGACUGUGUCGGGGGAGGAGAGGGAAGCAGGAGGCGAGGAGACGGCCGUCGUCGGAGAAUUUGACGCCGGAGACGGCACGUUUGUGGACGGAGAGGGUGUGCUUGAGCCGGUAGGAGUUUUGACCCAAGGAUACCCCAAGAUCAAAGAGUUUCUACAACUCUGCAAAUUCACUCUCAGCCUAAGAUAA